AUGAGCGGUCUUUCAACCGUGCCGGAUAACAUCAAUUUUGCGAAGGAGGAAGACAAAAUCGCUCAGAAAUGGAAGGAUGAGAACACCUUCGAGAGAUCUGUCGAACUUUCCAAAGACCGACCACAUUUCACUUUCUACGAUGGUCCUCCAUUCGCCACUGGUCUUCCCCAUUACGGUCAUAUGCUUACUAGCACCAUCAAGGAUGUAGUUGGUAGAUGGGCUCACCAGAAUGGGCAUUAUGUGGAGAGACGAUUCGGAUGGGAUACUCACGGUCUGCCAGUCGAAUAUGAGAUCGACAAAACUUUGGGAAUCAGUGGUCCACAGGAUGUGUUGAAAAUGGGAAUCGCCAACUAUAACAAUGAAUGCAGAAAGAUUGUGAUGAGAUAUUCAGGAGAAUGGGAGAAAACAAUGGAACGACUUGGCCGUUGGGUCGACUUCAAGCACGAUUACAAAACCCUCUACCCUUGGUUCAUGGAGUCUGUGUGGUGGGCAUUCAGUGAGCUUCACAAGAAAGGACUUGUUUACAAAGGAGUCAAAGUUAUGCCGUUCUCCACAGCUUGUUCCACGCCACUAUCGAACUUUGAAGCUGGACAGAACUACAAAGACGUCGUUGACCCAGCUGUCUUUGUUGGAUUCAAAUUGUUGGACAACCCGAAUCGCCAACUCGUCGCAUGGACGACAACUCCGUGGACUCUUCCAUCCAAUUUGGCACUCGUGGUUCACCCAGAAAUGCAAUAUGUUGUUGCCAAGGAUAAGACUACAGGAGUUGAAUACGUUGUACUCGAGGAGCGCCUUGGAGAACUCAAGAAUGAGAAUCUAGAAGUCGUUGAGAAGCUUCAAGGAAAGCAACUGAAAGAUCUCAAAUACGAGCCACUGUUCCCAUAUUUCGCUAAUAUGCGUGAAGAGAGAAACGCCUUCAGAGUGCUGAAUGACACAUUUGUCACUUCUGAUUCCGGUACCGGUGUCGUCCAUCAAGCUCCAUAUUUUGGAGAGAUCGAUUUCCAAGUUUGUGUGGCUAAUGGAGUCAUUGCCAAGGAUCAAAAAAUGAUCUGUCCAGUUGACGAGAACGGAAAGUACACUUCUGAAGUGAAGGAUUACGAAGGAAUCUAUGUGAAGGACGCUGACAAACUCAUCAUGAAGAAGCUCAAAGAAAUGGGAAAUCUCGUGAGACAAGCUGAAUGCAAGCACUCUUACCCAUUCUGCUGGCGGUCCGAUACUCCUCUUCUCUACAAGGCAGUUCCUUCGUGGUUCAUCCGUGUCGAGAGUCUUGUCCCACGGCUUUUGGCUAACAACGAUGAGACCUACUGGGUUCCUUCGUUUGUCAAGGAUAAGAGAUUCGCCAAUUGGUUGAGAGACGCUCGUGACUGGGCUGUCUCCAGAAAUCGCUUCUGGGGAACUCCAAUCAAUUUGUGGGUGUCUGACGAUGGAGAAGAGGUGGUUUGUGUUGGAAGCAUUGCCGAAUUGGAAGAGCUCUCCGGACAAAAGAUUACCGAUCUUCACAGAGAAAGUGUUGAUGACAUCACCAUCCCAUCUCGUUCCGGAAAGGGAGUUCUGAAGAGAGUAUCCGAAGUGUUCGAUUGUUGGUUCGAGUCUGGAUCCAUGCCAUAUGCCCAGAAUCAUUAUCCAUUCGAGAAUCGAAAGAUCUUUGAGGACAACUUCCCAGCCGAUUUCAUCGCCGAGGGAAUCGAUCAAACCCGUGGAUGGUUCUACACUCUUCUUGUGCUCUCAACUGCUCUUUUCAACAAACCACCAUUCAAGAAUCUCAUCUGCAACGGUCUCGUUCUCGCUUCUGACGGAGCCAAGAUGUCAAAGAGAAAGAAGAACUAUCCAGAUCCAAUGGAGAUUGUGAACAAGUACGGAGCCGACGCUCUCCGUCUCUAUCUUAUCAACUCGCCAGUAGUGCGAGGAGAAAACUUGCGGUUCAGAGAAGAGGGUGUUAGAGAUUUGCUCAAGGACGUCUUCCUUCCAUGGUUCAACGCAUACAGAUUCUUCGUUCAGAAUGUACAAGCUUAUGAACAUGAAACCGGUAAUGUAUUCGACAUGAAUGCUCACGUUGCUAGCGAGAAUGUGAUGGACAGAUGGAUCGAAUCAUUCACCAACAGCCUUGUCGGAUUUGUUCGCAAAGAAAUGGACGCCUACAGAUUGUACGCUGUCGUCGGACCCCUUACCAAAUUCUUCGACACCCUCACCAACGUCUACAUCAGAUUGAACAGAAAGAGAGUCAAGGGAGACAACGGACUCCAUGAGCAACACCAUGCUCUCGCCGCACUCGGCCGCGUUCUCAUCCUCAUUGUUCGUCUGAUGGCUCCAUUCUCCCCAUUCUUCUGUGAAUACAUCUGGCAGAACUUGAAGAAGGUUAUCGGGGCAAAGGAGGAAUCUGUACACUUUUUGAUGCUUCCAAAGCCAGAUAAAAGUCUCAUUGAUGAAUCUGUUGAGCGAAGAGUGGAAGUGAUGAGAAACGUCAUUGAUUUGGUUCGUCUCGUCAGAGAUCGCGAGGGAAUCGCUGUGAAGUAUCCACUGAAGGAGAUGAUCGUCAUCAACAGAGAUAGCCAGUUCCUGGAAGACGUGAAGAGUUUAGAACCAUACAUUCUUCUGGAGUUGAACGUCAGACAGUUGACCGUGUCGCAGGAUAAGCACAAGUAUGGAAUCACUCUCAAGGCCGAACCAAACUUCAAAAUCCUCGGAGCCCGACUGAAGGGAGAACAGAAGAAGGUUGCUGACUACUUGAAGAACAAGGUCACAGAAGCAGAACUAGAGGAGUUCCUUUUGGAAGGAAAACUCACCGUCCUCGGACAUGAGAUCACUUCUGAAGAGGUCGCUGUCAGUUAUGCAGCUGGAGCUGAUCAAGGUCACGGAUACAAGACGCACUCUGACGCGAAGACCAUUGUGAUGAUUGAUACUACCGAAGACGAAUCGCUGGUUGAGGAAGGACUCUGCAGAGAGGUGACCAACCGAGUGCAACGACUUCGCAAACAAGCCAAACUUGUCUCCACGGAUACUGCUCACGUCCAUCUUGUCGUUCAUCCAGCUGGCUCACAAUUGGCUACCGUUGUUGCUGCAAAGCUUAAGGACAUCGAAUCGGCUACUGGAACACCUAUCAAGUUGGGAGCACCAUCAGCUGAUGCCAAGGCAGCGACUGCUGUUAGUAAGAGUGCUGUGAAGGAUUCGGAAGUUGAGUUAUGGUUGUUCGCUGAAGGAGACAACUUUGAAGGCAUCACCGUUGUAGAUGGCACCAAAAAAGUUCGUGUGCAUUUGAAAACGGAAAAAGAGCAAUUGAAUGGAUAUGCUGAUCUUCUUUAUAAUGUUCGAUCUGCUUUGGAUCUGUGGAAUGGAAAAAUCACAUUGAACAAUGCCGAUGGCUCACGAGUUCAUCCAACUGUCGAUGUGAAAUCUCUCGUUGGCCACACCCUUCAACUCGCUCGAUAA